UUGGACUUGAUGAUCUGUGAGGUCUCUUCCAACCUUGGUGAUACUGUGAUUUUGCUGGUGCAGAAGUUUGAGGGGAGGGGAAGGGAAGAGAUUCCUUUCUCCUCCCUGUAAGGAAGAGAUUUUGGGCUCUGAGGGUGGUGAGACACGGACCCAGGAUGCCCAAAGAGGUGGUGGAUACCCCAUCCCUCGAAACAGCUUGGACAGGGCUCUGAGCAAUCUGCUCUGGGUGAAAAUAUGCAAGGGCUUGAGUUUACAAGGGCUCGUAGUGAUAGAAUGGAGGGAAACGGCUUUAAGAUGGAAGAGGGUAGACUUAGACUGGAGAUAAGGAGGAUAUUCUUUAGAGUGAGGGUGGUGAGACACUGGAACAGGUUGCCCGGGCAGGCUGUGGUUGUGUUCAAGGCUGGGCUGAAUGGAGUCUUGAGCAACCUGAUCUAGAAGUUUCAAUCCUACAUGGCAUGGGAAUUUGAACUAGGUGAUCUUUAAGGUCCCUUCCAACCAUUCUGUGACUCUGCAGGAGGGUUGGACUAGAUGACCUUUAAAGGUGCCUCCUAACCCAAAGCUAUUUGAUGCUAAUGAUGAUGAAAUCUUCAUGUGUGACCCUAAGCCAAAGACAGACGGAUUCAUUUCUCACACUGUCAUGUGUAAUCAAGAAGUGGUUGUUAUUAAUUUGUCAUUUCAGGUUCAGGAUGGCCAACCAAGAAGGGGAGCUGCUGGUUAAUUUGAAAACAGACUAUCCUGAUCUGGUGGUAGAUAUUGGGAAAAUAGGAGACAUAUCCAAAAAGCAGACCUCUGACAAAGGGAAGAAACAAAUAAAGAAGCUUUGUACAGCAGUUUGUGCAGUGCUGAACUCAGGAGGAGGAAUAGUGAGGAUGGAGAGUGAAGACGAGAAUUACAGCUUAAGGGCGCACGGCAUCGGUGAUAACAUAGAGAAGAACCUUAGGGAGCUCAUGAAGCCUGCCAGGAUCAGUGAAUACUUAAAGUGGGGGCAGCGGCAGAAUCACUUACUUCUUUUUGUUAAAACAUGGAGCUGUGGGGAUCCAGAGCAGAAAACUGGAGCCGCACUGGGACGUAUCUGUAGCCCGAGCACUGGUUUAUUCUUUCGAUGCAACACUUCGGUUUUCCCUAUGUCUUCAGGUCAUGCUGCUGAAUUUUUGAGGAAGAAAAGAUGGAACAAGGACAGUGAUGAGAAUGGGGCAAGUGCUAAGAAAAUUAGGCUGGAUUUUGAUGGGGGAGCAAGUGACACCUCUCGGAACAUCGAGGAGGACAACAUCCAAGAUGCUGUUGUCUGUUUUUUAAAGAGAGACAGACUGAUGUUUGGGGAGGUCUUGGAUUUCACAGAGACAACACAUAUUGAAUUUAAGAACUUUGCUACAGAGGACAUCGUGAAUUACAUCAAAAGAACCCUGCAAAAAUAUGUCUCUGCCUUUGCAAACACUCAGGGUGGUUGUUUAAUUUUUGGAGUGGAUGAUGAUAGCACUGUCGUUGGAUCCCAUCAUGAAGUGCAGAAAGAAGCUUUAGAAAAAGCAGUGGCUGAUACCAUAGCCUCGAUGCUCAUCCAUCACUUUUGUGGCUCUCGGGCUGGUGUGCAGUUUGAGACCCACAUCCUGGGUGUUUAUGAGGAGACAGGGAGCUUGAAGGGCUACGUGUGUGCUGUGCGAGUUAAGCCCUUCUGCUGCGUUGCUUUUGGUGGUAAACCUGAGUCCUGGAUGGUGACAGGUGACAAGAUCGAAAGACUGAGCUUGAUGAGAUGGAUAGAGCUGAUGACAGAUGCAGACCCAGAUCUUUCAGCUCUGCCUGAUAAAUUUGAGAAUGAGCUCAGCUUGGCAGAUGGUCCUCCUCUUAUCAGACCAGUUUAUUCAAAAGCUGGUCUCCCUUGUGUGUCUGAACUCCAGGAAUCCCUCUACCCAGUGGGUUCUGAUGAAAUCAAAUGGCAGCCAGAAGCCAUCUGCACCGAGCUGUUCUCAGACUAUCCUGGGUUACGUGGUUUAAUGAAAACCCAAAUCCAGUCACGUAAGAAGGGGAUACUGAUCUUUUCAAGGAGUUGGGCUGUUGAGAUUGGAUCACAGAAAACCCAGGAUGUUGUGUGUGAUGCCCUCUUAGUAGCUAAAGAUGCAUACCCAGUAUUGUAUACUGUGGUCAAAGAGGUCUCUCAUGCCGCAUCCGAAUACUCGCGAGACACCGCUCGUGCGUUAAAGCAGAAACUGGUCAACGAUGGGGGGUGUGCUAUAAAGUUGUGUGUGCUUCACCAAGUACUGCACCUGAAUGACAUACAAGAUCAGAUGGAAGUUGAAGACAGUGACAUUCCCCAGCAAGACAACCAGCCAGAACUGCAUAGUAACAGCAGCUUGUACCCAGAGGAUUACACCCUCACCUCCAGCGGCAUCUCUGCCUUCCUGCGUGCGCUUGUGAUUGUUGUCCUGUGCUUUAAGUCCUACUUGAGUGACUAUCUUGGCUGUGAGAUUUUCAACCUUCUCACUCUGAAACAGUAUGAGCUGCUCUCCAAGAACCUGCACAAAACCAGGGAGCUGUUUGUCUUUGGUCUUCCUGGAACAGGGAAAACAAUUGUGGCUUUGAAGAACAUUGAAAGAAUAAGAAACAUUUUUCAGUGUUCUCCAACGGAGAUACUCUAUAUCUGUGAAAAUACUCCCUUGAUGAAGCUUGUGAGAAAUGAGAACUGUCGGUCUGUGACACGUGCUGCCUUCGUCAAGAACACAUUCCCAGACGUGAAAUACAUCAUGGUUGAUGAAGCUCAGAAUUUUCGUUCUGAAGACGACUGGUACCAAUAUGCCCAACAGCUGGUCAAGGAAAAAAAUGGCAUUUUGUGGGUCUUCCUGGAUUUCUUCCAGUCCACUCACCCAUUUGGUUGUGGUCUUAACAUUUCACAGCUCUAUCCUCAGGAGUGGUUGACCAAAGUUGUCCGUAAUGCCAGGCACAUAUACGAUGUCGUGUUUGAGCAGAUGAGGAUAAUCCUCAAGGAGCGUAAGAACGAGGCUGUAAUACCCUAUGAGGUGCUGGAAAGGUUGUUUGGAGAGGCUCAAUGUGCCCAUUCCUUGCCAGGGAGCUGCAUAAUGAAAGAAGAUAUGGAAACAGAAGAAAUGUUAGAUUAUGUGAGCAGGCAGUGCCACAGCUACAUCCAGCAAGGCUACCCCAUGAAAGAUAUCGCAAUCCUGUGCAGUACAUAUGAAGCAGCGGAGAGCUUCAGGGAGAUGUUGAAAAAUAAGCUAAACACACCAGAUGCAAAUAAGAAAUGCAAGGUGAGGUUGGUCUUGGGGCAAGCAGAGAAUGUUUCAGAUGAUGUCAUUGUUAUCGACAGCAUCCGACGCUUCUCAGGCCUGGAAAGGAAGCUUGUGUUUGGCAUCCAUCCUGUGCCUGCACAAGAGGAGGUAGCUUCCAAUCUUUUGCUCUGCCUGGCCUCCAGAGCCAACACCAAACUCCAUGUGCUGUAUCACAAGGAUAAUACAUUCUUAAGAAAUGAUAGUUUGCUCUUACCCAGGACUGUAGAUUCUGGAAUGCUUCACUUGUAUUUUAAGUAGUGGUAUUACAGGGCAGCCUUAAGAGUUGUUCCUUUUUUUAAUGUCCUUUCUGCAAAUCUAUGCAAAAAAAAAAAAUCAGUGAUUUUUAAAAUGCAACUUCAGAGAUCUCUCUAUGUAAUGUGUUUCAUCAUGUGUAGGCAUUUAGGGUGUCAUAAAAGCAGUUUUAAUUAAAGGACAUUGCCACCUGGAGAGAACAAACUGCUGAAGAUGACAGUUGCAGGAGGAAGUCAACAAUUGCAAACAGUUGGAGAUUUGUACUUCCAUAUUCUGAGCUGGAUCAGUGCUACCACUGCAGCUACCAGUGGGUAGGAAGCACAGCAGGAGCCAUCCUUAUUUACAUUCUUACUGGUACAAAUACUUCAAACUCUGCUCUUUUUUUUUUUUCAAAGGUGGGGAGAUUUUUGUCAGUUUUCAGCCAAAUCAUCUCUUUCCUCAUCCAAAAAAAAGACAGAGCCACAGCUUGCUUUUGGGAGUGGUGGUGACCACCUUUACCUCUGCUGGGAGUGGGUUUGUGGUCACAUUGAGUGAUCCUAAAUGCAGGUUUCUGCCCAUGGAGGCAGUUCUGGCCCCAGCAGGGCAGUCCCAAACCUCUCAUAAGCAGCCUUGGGUGUGCAACAGUGGAACGAGUUGGGAGCCCCAGGGUUGGAGUUUUAUUUGAAGUCUUUAGCUUUGGUGAGCUCCACCUUGUCACACAGUUGUGCAGGUUCUGGUGCUGGCAUGAAGGGAAGCAGAAAUCUGUUUCCUGGAGGAGACAGUGCAAGAUCACAGAAUGGCUGAAGUGGGAAGAGACCUCUGAGCAUCUUCUCUAGACCCCUGAUCAAUUAGGGACUCUUGCCCAGUGUCAUGGUCAGAGGGCUUUUGAGUAUCUCCAUUGGCUCUAGGCAACCUGUGCCAAUGCUCAGUCACCCUCACAGCAGAAAGCUGCUUCCUGAUGCUGAGAGAACUCCUGUGUUUCCAGUUGUGCCUGUGGCCUCUGCUGCUGUCACAGGGGACCACUGGACAGCUUGGAUCUGUCCUCUUGGCACCUUCCCUUUGGAUAUUGAAACACACUGAUGAGAUCUGCCUGAGCCUUCUCUCCUCCAGGCUGAGCCAUAGCAGCUCUCUCAGCCUUUUCUCACCGGAGAGAUGUUCCAAUCCUUUCAUCAUCUUCUUCAUGGCCCUCCCUUGUAUUCUCUCCAUGUCCAUGUCUGUUCUGUACCGGGGAGCCCAGAACAAGCCACAGUGCUCCAGUUGUGACCUCACCAGUACUGAAUAGAGGAGAAGGACCCUCUCAUCAGUAGUGUUUUUUGGCCGUGAGGGCACUUUGCUAGCUCAAGCUCAACCUGGUGUCCACCAGGAUCCUCAGCAUUUGCAUCCUCUCAAGCUGUUUAGAAACCAGAGCAAGGCACCAGGACACCUUCAUUCUAUCUGGGACUAUCGAAGUCAAAGAGCAGUUGCAAUCGGGCCUGUGUGUUGGCAACCCAGUUCACACUGCUGUGUCAAAUUAGAACAUAAGCAGUAUGGCUCCUCAGACUUGGACUUUGUAAAAUUCUGAUGGGGAUCUACCCCAUAAUUACAUCUUUUUUUUUUUCCCUGCCUCAGAUACCAACUGUUUGCUGCCAGAGCUUUGCCAAUGUUUGUCUGGCAACACGGUUCCUGUUAUUGCCUACUGUGAUAUUAGAGUUCUUUUUAAAGUGAGGGAAUAGUGAUGUGAUAAUGUCAGAUUUUACUGGGGGGGGGGAACAUAUAUCCGUUUAUUCCUUCUCACUGUGACUCCUGUGCAGUCAUGUCAGCUUUCUGCUUUUCUAUCACCUGGAUGAUCUUGGAGGUCUCUUCCAACCUGGUUGAUUCUAUGAUUCUAUAAUAAAUGUCUUUCCCUGA